AUGGUGCUUUUCCUUCCGAUACCCUCCCAUCUGGUCUUACCCGCCCUAUGUACCACCCGCAAUAGGCAACCCGCCUACAUUGCUCGAUGUCCAUCGAUGAUGCCUGUUGAUUCAACUCCACUCGCUGAGGCCACCAAUUCAAUGGUCAAAACAAGCCUCUUGUCCAUCACAGACCGCCCCACUUGUACAUGCACAUCAGAACCUUUGGCUGCUGUUCUCAUCCCCGAGAUAAGAGAGCUCAUUCAAGCAACGCGCGCGCAAACCCACGAUGCCCUUGCACUGCAGAACGAAUGUCGUGCCAACAACAAUGUCAUCCUGGCACUUCGGGAUGAAUGUCGUGCUAACAACCGAGUAGUUAUGACCCGACUCGGCACUGUCGAUACCCGACUCGACACUAUCGAGACCCGACUCGACACUAUGGAGACCCGACUCGGCAACAUAGAAACCCGCUUGACUCGAAUUGAAGACAUCACCAAAGCCCAGGUCAGCCAUGCGCGACAAAUGGCAGAUCGAUUUGUCAUCCCAGCUCCCCCCCAACGAGGAAGGCAGGGAGUUCAGCCUAUGUAG